AUGGACGGAGAAUCUAAUAACGAAAUAUUGAGACAAUUAGCCGAGGCCAAGCAAAAAAUUAAACGAAAAUUCCAAUCAUUGCAAAACGAUGAUGAUGCUAAUGAGGUUUACAUGAAACGUACAUUAAAACCCAUUAUUGAACCUUUAAAUGAAGGUGAUUAUGUAAGAGUUAGUUCGAACAAGGUCGUAUUUGAAAAAGGCUAUUUGAGUAAUUGGUCUUUUGAAAUAUUUACUAUAGCAAAGGUAUGCAACACUAUACCAAUAACCUAUGUUCUCGAAGACUUUGAAAAAAAUAUGAUUAGAGGGUGUUUUUAUGAACAAGAAUUACAAAAAACCGAGUAUCCGCAUAAUUAUCUGAUUGAAAAAAUUGUACGACGUAAAGGAGAUAAAGUAUUGGUUCGUUGGAUGGGUUUUCUUUCAAAACAUGAUUCAUGGAUGAAUAAAAAUGAGCUUGAAAAAUAA